AUCUUAGUCUGAAGGAUAUUAAAAUAUAUUAUUGUUAUGUGUGAAGAAAUAUUUAUAUAUCCACUUAUAUAAAAUAAGUCCGAACUUUGCUUGAAUUUUUUUCUUAUACACAUUUAAAAUGGCAAAUGGUUUGAAUAUUCAUAUACAUUUUGGAGGUGGAGCUGAGUUACUGUUUGAUAAAAUCAAGAAGCAUGUCGUAGAGUUACCGCCGGCGAGGAAAUAUUUCCCGGAUGCUGAUAUUGAAAAAUGGAGGAUAAAAGAACUUUUGAUUUGGAUAAAAGACAAUUUAUUGAAAGAAAGACCCGAACUAUUUCUGCAGGGGGAGUCGGUGCGUCCCGGGAUACUGGUGCUGAUAAAUGAUGCGGAUUGGGAACUGUUUGGUGAACUGGAAUAUGAGCUACAAACAAACGAUGAGAUCACAUUCAUAUCCACCUUACACGGGGGAUGAAAAUAAAUAACUGACCUCUGUAUUAAUUUUAUAUAUAUGUCGGAGGAAGCCAUUGAUGGAGUUGCUGGUUGAUUGUACGAUACUGCAUAAAAUUGUCUCUUUAUCAUCUAAACACAUUUUAGAAAUCUUAAUAUAAUUUAAUACGCAUUUUUACAUUGUUGUAAAGCCUAAAACAUGUUUCUAAUAACGGAUUUGUGAUUAUAUUUAAAGUAGGAAGUUAUUAAGUAGCCAUUGUCAACUGAAUUACUGUUUAACGCAUAGUGUGCAAUGUUUAAUGUUUAUUGAAAUUGUAAAAACUUCUAAUAACUUUUAAUUUGAUCUUACUUUAUAAGUUACGUUUUUCACAGAUUAAAUAACAUUAUUGUCGUAAUUUAAGUAACGACCAAUCAGAGCAGAGCACGUAGCUUGAGUGAGGUCGAGGCGUCAUCUUUAUAUAAGACAGUUUGACAGUUGUCACAGGUUGAGGUGUAAAUUGGGGAUGGAUCGAGUUGGAUCCUUGGAGUUGGUUUAUUGGUGGUGUUAAGAAGUGGCGCUUUGAACUCACUGCUCGGUCUUAACAGUUAAAACUUGUCUUUCUGAUUAUUAAUUAUCGGCUUGAAUGUGUACUGUGAUUUUGUGAUUUAAACGUGCUGAAACUAAAUUAAAUGUUGUGAAAACCAUAA